GGCGGGUCGCGCGCAUGCGCGGGAGGCGGGUCGUGGCGGCGGUGCUGCGGAGCCGUGGUUGCCGGGGCUGCGGACGCCAUGUCGGGCCGCUCGGUGCGAGCUGAAACCCGCAGCCGCGCCAAAGAUGACAUCAAAAAAGUGAUGGCGGCCAUCGAGCGGGUCCGCAAAUGGGAGAAGAAGUGGGUGACGGUGGGAGACACAUCCCUUCGGAUAUUCAAGUGGGUGCCUGUAGCAGACAGUAAGGAGAAAGAGAAGUCCAAAACAAGUAGCAGCGCUGCCCGAGAACCCAAUGGCUUCCCAGUGGACUCAUCUGCCAACUCCUCCCUCCUCCUGGAGUUCCAGGAUGAGACCAGUAACCAGAGCUCCUUGUCGGACGUUUACCAGCUCAAGGUCGACAGCAGCCCAAACUCGAGCCUCAGCCCCCAACAGAGCGAGUCAAUGAGUCCUGCACAUACGUCCGACUUCCGCACGGACGAUUCGCAGCCACCUACGCUGGGGCAGGAGAUCCUGGAAGAGCCCUGCUUGCCUUCCUCGGAAGUUGCAGAUGAGCCUCCCACUCUCACGAAGGAGGAGCCUGUCCCUCUUGAGACUCAGAUGCAGAUUGCUAACCAGCAGCCACUGCUGCCCAAGAACAACUUUGCUACCUGGACAGCUAUGUCUAAUUUUGCAGACCAGCCUCGAGGGAGGAAUUUCAGGCAUUGGUCACUGAAGGCUGUUUGGGGGCUAAGGCUUCUUUGCAGUCCACACUGAACAUUGCGAUAAUUCAGCCAGAGUGAAGGCACCUGCGGUGCCCAUGAGGCGGUGUUCCUGGCUGCAGAAUUCUGGCUUUGCUCCUGCUGUCCAGCAGGCCACUGAGGAUUUGCCCUUCGAUGGGCAAGAGCUGUUCUCGGAUAAGAUGGAUGAGACUCUGCACUCCUUCAAGGACUCUAGGCUGCCCUACUGCCCAUGGGGGGUACGCGCAGGUGGUGCAGAGGCCAUUACAGCAUUCCAUGGCAACAGCAGCAGUAUUGUCCACAGCUCAUGUUUGGGCAGCUUUUUGCUCCCCCAAGGCAGGACUGCCCCAGAAAAGGGCCUAGGCCCCACAGGGAGAAGCAGUUGGGUUCAGGAUUCAGCCAGUUCACAUGCCAUCCCUAGCACCUCCCAAGCACCCAUUUUGACUCCUUGGUCCAGAGAAGUGUUCCAGCUAAUGGUCUCCUUCCCCCCCCCCAUCUUCCUCUCUUUGGAUGGGCUGACUCGCUUUUACAAUGCUUGGGGCUCGAUCACUACUGAC